UCCUUAUCCUCUCAGAGAGCGGAGAGAAAUUGGCGAUUUAACACACAUUGAUCUGUCGUGUUGGCGAAUGCGCACUGCGAGGUGCCGCGCCGCGCCGCUCCGGCAACAGAGAUUUCAGCGUGUCACCCCGUAUAAAACCGUGACCGGGGUCACGGCGCGAUACCAACAGGUGAUGCCGAGGAAGGAGGAGGACACUCCCUCGAGCAGCAUCUCGUCGAGCGUCUUUCCCCCGGGUAUCGCCGACCGCGACGAUGGUGAUUUAGUAUUGUUCUCUCGAGCGUACCAUUUAUCCUGUACCCCACAAAUUUCGCUGACCACCGCCAGAAUCCAUCUACGAGGGCUGCCAGGAAUAAACGCGCGAGGACGGUCCUGUUUGGCGCGCAUCAGUGGAACACGGGAGGAAAUCGGGUGUUGGAAAAAACAGUGUCGGUGAAAGACAAAAGCGAAAAAAGUUUCGAUCGAUUCGAUAAUUUAGUGGAUGAGACUAUUUAAUAGUACUCCUCGCGAUUCUUCCCGCGCGUUCGUUUCACUCGCGAAAGCAUCAGAGUCGGGAUGCAAAGUUAAUCAGUUGACAUGAGCGCGGGAUCGACUCGCGACGUACGAUGAUCGAGUGUUUUCUUCAAUGCGCUGGAUUUUGACAAGAACUUGGGAUCGUAUGUUUCUGAGACACAAGAAUCUGGAAAACGUGAGGGAUGCCACAAGGAAGCAUUCAAUGGCAGGGGACGCAGAGAAGAGCCUGCGGGCCUGGGGCUAAUUGGAAUGUACAGGUGGUGAGAGGCAAGGUGACAACGCGGUGCUUGUGGCACGCCUGUAAAGCUCUCGGAAUUGGGCUACUGCUAAUGCUUUUAGGAGCUUGCAUGGCGACUAUAGGAUAUUAUGCAGAUCAACUGUCAGUGGCGCAGGAGAUCAGAGGUAACAUCACGAUAAAAGUAAAGAAUGAAUCUCGCGGAUUUCAUCUGAAUAAUCUGAGCUACGCCGGUCCAGUCGUUAUGGGCUUGGGAGGCUUCAUCGUAGUAGCUGCCUGUGUGAUGACUUUCGAAGCACGUGACAGUGCGGCUAAGGUGGUACCAGCUCGCUAUCGCUUCAAUCAAGCGUCAACGUUAAAAGGCCCAAAAAGCCAGCGCAAUAGGAGAUCGACAUCAAGCCAGACAACAAAAUGGGAUCAUCAGUUGGGCCUGUUUAGAGUAAAUCGCAGCCCGAGUCCCAGCACGCAUGAAGUUUCCAGGAAACAGUUAACAGCGGAAUUCAUGCAAUUUUCGAAAGAUUUACGGGAGAAAGGCGUAGCGCACUCCAUAAAGAAAAGCCCGAGCGCGCCAACAUUAGUCGACAAAAAAUCACCACGUCGAAGGUCGCCUAAAUAUGCAGGCUGCUCACUAUUGAAUCCAGAAUUGCUGCAGAGACACGCUCUUUCGGUUGACAAUCCGAGCUAUAGCCCGCAUCAGGUUAGCAGAGAGAGUCUGGAACAUCAAAAGAUGAGUGGUAGUCAAGUCUCGAUGGCGAUGGAUCUGCAUAUUCCAAAUAAAGGUCCUGUUACGCUCAAAGUGAAAGACCGAUCCGAUACGGCAAGACGACAUCAGCUACUUCGUCAGACAAAAGUGGAGGAUGUCGAGGAAGUGGACGAAGCUGCACGACCACCACCGACCCUCGUACAUUCGCCUAAAUUGCCAGGUGCCUAUAGAUAUCCAGAUGAUUUUGUGCCAAGAAAAAGAAAUUCGAUAGACUUGAAAUUAUUAGAAGAAUUGACGGCAGUAUCAAGAGAACUUAGUAAGGCCUCACCGCGAGACUUCCGGAAAAUCUCGUCGCCGAACUUCCGUAAAAUGUCCUUCGAUAGAAUCGGCGGUGAUCGUCGCUUCGAUCGAACUUCGCUAGGAUACCGUAAGGCUAGUCUCGAGUUUAGAAAAAGUCCUGAUUUUCGCAGAGGAGACUACAGGAAACUCUCAGUAGAAAGAUUCAGCGUCGAUUGUACCCGUUAUAUGCUCGACGAAACGGAAAUGACUCCACGCACGAGCAGUGGAGAGAACUUGCGAAGACAAUCGCGUCAUCCUAAGCUGCAUCAUUCCAGAUCGGAUGACAAUAGAAGACGAUCUUUCGAUAAGCAUUCGAAAGAUUCUCAGUCGAGUCGACACUCGUUAAACACUCAAGCUGUUGUAGAAGGUUCCGAUUGCGAUCCAAAGUACUUUACGAUGGUGUCCCUCGAUACUGAAGAAAGCCAUGCCGACAAUUCUGACGAGAGUCACGUAGUAGACAUCGAGGAAGCGAAUGCAGGCGCUUUAUCGUCAUGCGACGUACCUACAGAGGCUGACAUGCUACUCGAAGAACCGGAACUGGAAAACGUUACGGAGAUCGACAUAGAAAAUUCAAUAGAUGAUGAGGAAAAAUCUCACGAAUCGCAUAGAUCGAUGAGUCAGAGGACAAAUACGAUGUUACGAGGGCAAAAUCCCAUAAUAAUUGCCGAAGAUGUAGACUCGCAAAUGAUAGUUGAUGAGAAAAUGGUGCAGAUCGAUAGCGAAAAAUGUGAAAUGACUUUGUAUAUAGAAGACGAUGAAAUAUGAAGAGAAAAUAGAAAAAAUCCUUGAGGAUUACGGAUUCAGAUCAUCGUGAGAAAAUAAUGAUGAUUUGCGAAGCAAAGAUACUGAUGUUGCAUGCAACAUUGCUGACGAUAUUUCUUCGCAAAUUGAAAAGGAUUAUACAAGGGUUUAGCGGAUCGUCAAUCGAUCGUCUUUGAUUGCAAUUAUGCUCAACAACUUAAGAUUUAAACGGCAUAUAUAAAUAAUAAUGAGUCACGUACGAAUUGCGUUUUGUAACGAGACAAUCAUUUUUUAUCGGCAUCUCGCAUUACCUUUCGCACGAAGGUAACAAGCGUGUAAUAUUGAUGACAAAUAAUUGUUACCAACAAAUUUUGACGUAGCACAUAGAUGGUAAUUGAUCUAUACAUAUACAUAUAUAUAAAAUAAGAUUUGUUGAAAUAUAAACGUGAUUAAUCAUACCGAAGAGAUUUUUGUACUUGUAACAGGAAAAAUAUACAACUUUUACUUGUAAAUAUUUCAAACUAACUUGUUCGAGCGAUCAUUGAUGUGUCAACUUAAUGAGAAAAUCAGAGAAAUAUGUAGCAUGAUUCAAAAUGAAUCUUGAACAAUCGGAAUGUACUUUAUAAAUACAGAUUAUCACAGAUACGACACUUGUUCUCAGCUCUAAAUAUUGCAAUAAGAAGGGAAAA